ACAAAAAUUAUUUUGUACAUAAACACUGUCUUGAGGCACUAUAUAUGUAUAUUUUCAAAUCAAAGUGAAAGCUCUUUGUUAUUCUAUGAUAUUUAGAGUGCAAGAAACACUUUUGUAUCAAGUUUUGCUGGUAGCACAAGAGAUUGUUUCAUUUUAUUCGCGUUUUGUAUUUUGACGAAAUAUUUAAAAAAAUCAAUAUUUUAUUUGAUUACUUGCUAAAAGAGCUGUUAGUUCUAACCUAAGAUCUGUUGUGUACAGGUGAUCAAGCAUUGCAUUAUUUACUUUAGUUUUUCAAUCAAAUUAUACCAAGUAGUGAAAAAAUUUUGAAGGAAGAAGCAUAUAUCCACUGACAUGUUAAAUUCAGAGGAUCUUAGUGAGCAAGAAUUAGAAACAUUAAGAGGUGAUGCUGUGGGUGAUAAUCUCUGCAGCAGCAAAUGGAUAAUCAGUACUUUGAUGUCUCUGUGUAAGAUACAUGAAAACGGUUGGACAGACGAGCUAGAAAGUCAGCUUUGUAUUUUGUGGGAUCUGAGUAUGGAAGGAGAAGUUGUAUCGCAUCUUAUGUUGCAUGAUUUUCCAAAAAUAGCAAAGGACAUAUUGGAAAAUUAUGAUCAACCACGAUUCAUUGAAAUAAUUUUAGGUAUCAUUGGUAAUAUGUGCUGCAACGAUGAAGUGAUUGAUACGAUAGGCAAUGAUAGAGAUCUUGUUGCACAAAUUCUGAAUCGCUUGGCAUCUGAUGACGCACCAAUGUUAAUUCAACUUUUCAGAAUUUUCCAUUUAACUACAUGGAGAAUCCAGAAAAAUCCCCAAUCAAAUUGGAUGGCUCACUUUAUGGAAUGUGAAUUUUUUGGAGAGUCUGUAACCUUCAUAUUAAAUAGUUCUACUAAUGAUGACUUAUUAACGUCAGCAAUAAAUCUUCUUAAGUCUAUAUCUGAUAUAAGUUUGCCACACAAUGAGAAUUUGGAAAAAUUGUUCGAAAUGGACAUUUUGAUGAAUGCAUUGUUAGAAUCUUUCAUGCAAAUUAUAUCAACAGAAAAAUUUAGUCAUUCUAAAACAGAAUUGACAUUUAUUGAUCAUUGGUUAAGAGUAUUGACUGUCAUAAUAGAAUUGGGCUCACUUAAAUUUGAGGACUUUGAAAAUGACGAAAGUUAUUCGAAAUUAAUGGAAGCUAUGUAUAGGAUACUAAAACCAUACGAAGAAUCGCAUAAUUUAUUUCCAAUUGAAGAAUUAAAUGCUAACGUGAUUAACGAAACUAUACGUAUAUUAUUAAGCUUUCAUUCCUGUGAUGUAGACAUUCCAUCAAAAAUUGAUCACAUUAUAGUGACCAUAAUUUUUUAUCUUAAAACAGGUUCAGCAGAAAUAGAAGAGCUAGACCCAGGAGAGUUAACAAUCACGCUUUCACAGAAUCUAAUUCAAUACUGGUUGCAGAUUAUUGAACUUUGUACCAGUAAUUACAUCGCAGAAAUAUUACAUCAAUGUAAACACGAAGUUCAUGGAUAUUUAACAGAUCUUGUACAAUCUGAUUCUAAAAUAACACCUGAGGUACUUGAAAAACUGAAGAAAGCUACUACUUUUGACAAAUCGUGAUAUAUUUUUUAAUGUAUUAUAUUAAAGACAGAAAAUUAUGUCAUUAUUUUUGUACAAAUAUCUUAUUAGUUUUACGAAUGCAUUAUGUUAUAAAUUGUCAUAAAAAUCGGAUUAUAAACAAGUUAUACAUUUUGAUAAUAAUUACAUCAUUUCUAAAAUUUUGUAUAAUGAUUUUAGAUAUUAAAUCAAUGAUUAAUGUGUA